CAAAAUCUACUUCGACGCAACCAACUUUAUUCCAGUGUUACAGAGCGUUGGGUUUGUCUUCACCACGCAACAACUUUAUUAAUGAGGUGAUACCUGGAUCUACACCAUGCAGAAUGGACAAAAAGGAAAACACAGACAUCGCGUUUAAAACUACUGGAUGCACCUGGUUAAGUUCAGUCAGCGAUCAACUUGGAGUUCCUUUGGAUCAGGUCAAUUUCAUUGCCUGCCAGGUUUUUGGAUUAGCAGUUGCAACCUGGUUUCGUCUCUUUCUUAAUCCACAGCGUACUACCUCUGAGGUUCGACAUGCUGUUGCUACCAUCAUUGGAGCUUCAUUCAUUAUGUUUUGCUUUGGCUGGUAUGCCAUACACGUCUUCAUCCUGGUGUUGGCUUGUUAUGGAAUUAUGAUCAAAGCCAGUGUAGACAAUGUUCACAGGUAUACUAUGGUUGCAUCACUAGGAUACCUUACUGUUUGCCAAGUAAGCAGAGUCUUCAUAUUCGACUAUGGUAUUCUCUCCACGGAUUUUUCAGGCCCUUUAAUGAUAAUAACACAGAAGAUCACUACUCUUGCCUUUCAGGUACACGAUGGUAUGUGUCGAAAGCAGGAGGAGCUUAAAUAUGAUCAGAGACGACUGGCUGUACACUUUAAGCCAUCACUGUUGGAGUACCUAAGCUACAAUAUAAAUUUCAUGAGUAUCUUGGUGGGACCAUUCAGUAUUUAUAAAGACUACAUAGAGUUCAUAAAGGGCCAGCAUGUGCAGCACAGGCUAAAAAGAGUGAAAGACAGCAGCUCUCAGCAGAAUGGCUGGAAUAAAGUGCCCGAACCAUCGCCUGUGAGGACUGUGAUUAAUAAGCUUCUUGUGUGCGCUUGCUGUCUGAUCUGGUUCUUCAUCAUCACAAAAGCAUUCCCUAUAACAUACAAUGUGGACCCACAAUUCAUCAACGAGGCCUCUUUCAUUACAAGAUUGGUCUAUGCCUUAAUUUCUGUCCAGGCAGCCAGACCCAAGUUCUACUUCGCAUGGAUCCUCGCGGAUGCCAUACAUAAUGCAGCGGGGUAUGGAGUCAGGGGUGAAAACGAAAGGGGAGAAGUGUCAUGGGACCUCAUCUCCAAUGUUCGCAUCUGGGAAAUAGAGACCGCGACGAGCUUUAAAUCAUUUAUUGACAACUGGAAUAUACAGACUGCACUUUGGCUGAAAAGUGUAUGUUAUGAUCGGGCACCAUAUUACCGCAUGCCACUCACAUUUGUGCUGUCGGCUGUCUGGCAUGGAGUUUACCCAGGAUACUACUUUACAUUCAUCACUGCAAUACCCAUCACCUUAGCAGCUCGCUCUGUGCGCAGGAACUUCCGGGAGUGUUUCUUGUCUUCUCAGCAGCUGAAAAUCUGCUACGAUGUUGUUACAUGGGCUGCCACUCAACUGACUGUCUGCUACACUGUAAUGCCCUUCCUUCUACUUGCAGUAGAACCCACCAUACAGUAUUACAGAUCAAUGUACUUUCAUCUGCAUGUCAUCAGCAUUCUGGCUAUGAUGUUUCUGCCCAGCAAACACCGUUCCUUCAAGUCUGAACUCCAUGCACAGCAUUCUAACAAUAAUGUGAAGGAGGACUGAACCGUUCUGCCCCUUCUGUAGUGUGUGUGUGUGUGUGUAGACACUGACACACAAAGGCUACUUUGUUUGAACAAAGUAAUAGUAAUAAUAAUAAUGAUAAAAUCUCAGUUGGUCUCACUCUCAGGCCACAGCUGAGCUGUUCAUAAAUACAAACAGCAUAUACACACAGCAUACCCACCAGAAAUACAGACAAUUCAAUCAAAAUAACACUUACUCAAAAGCAGCUGGAGCAAUGCUUUCACAUGAACCUAUAAUGAUUUAUGAUGUGCACAGUAUAAGGAGGCAAAUGUCAGUGUUUGUCAGUUUUACUAAAUAAAUGAAUGCUGCCUAUUUAAAGGUCUUUUAAAAUAGUUUAACACUGUAUUAUAUCUUAGUUUGUGGUGUUAAGAUGUUGAUUUUGACAAUGUGAAAUUACAAUGUAGUACAACUUUUAUAAAUAUUGAAUUUAAAUACUAUUGAAAAUAUUAACUGAAGAAUAACCAAAUUAGAAUAAUGAAAUGUUAUGAUUUGUGGUGCCUAAAUAAAUAGUACUGGUUUUUGA